UUUUCUCCACAACCUCGAGGACAAUAACAGACGACCGAUGGCACAAUAAAUCUACCGCCUUUCGCUCUCUUUCUUCCCAUUGUCGCCAACCACCAACGCCUUCAGCGUCGGAGCCUUCAUAGACGUCGCGAGCUGUCGAGCAUCUAGCACUUGCCCAAACUCUUCACCUCCACGAGCAAGUCGAUAAUUUCGACACGCGACUGAGAUUCACUAGAGUCUCCGUCGAUCCCUCGAAAUUCGCCCACUAUGCUAGCCUCCGGUGGUGUGUGUGCUGUGCUCGACUACGAAAUCGAUCAGAUCACCGAAUAUGUUGCGGAAAUGGCCCAGAGGAUCGUCCUGCCUGGCAGUCCAGUCUCGCCGGCAUUCCGAAAAUUCGUCUCCGGCCUCCUGUCAUCUACUCGCCUUCCAAGCACCACAAUUCUCCUUGGCAUGAACUACCUUGCAAGACGAAUGAACAUGCUCAAUGCUGCUGGUCCCUACAAGGCCACAGACGGUGUGGUUUGGCGAAUGUUGACGAUUGGCCUUCUCCUUGGAAGCAAGUUCCUGGACGACAACACAUUCCAAAAUCGAUCAUGGUCAGAGGUCAGUGGCAUCGCUGUCUCGGAGCUGAAUACUCUGGAGCACGAGUGGUUGGAUGCGAUGGGCUGGGGUCUGUACGUGAAUCUCGACAAAAGCAAAGACUUCAAAGCUUGGAUGGACAGCUGGGAGGAAUGGCGCGAGGCAAAGAACAUCCAACGCAAAGCAACGCUCGACCGUCUUGCACCUCUUGCUCCAAUCGACACUAACGUCCAGAGACCUCGUCCAUACUCCCAAGCGUUCAGUGCUUACCCCAAGAGUGCAUCUCGCGAACGUCAUCAGUCCAGCUUCCAUUCAGCUUACGACCAAAACUCGUGGGUCAAUCCCUAUCCUACACCACACCUCACUCCACCGUCUGCGCCGGAUUCUGGUCUCAAUACUCCCGAGUAUGUCAACAUGACUGCAACUGGUGGAGCCCCUCGAUACAAUGAUUGGGCCUUGUAUAACCAAUACUCGAGAUAUCAAGCACCAUCACACGCUCCAUACGUUCCCCCCCAUGGACCUUACCCUGUCAGUCAACACAAUAACUACCACUCGGGUGUGCACAUCUGGGAUGGUUCUCUCGUCGAGUGCCAAUGUGGUUAUUGCAUCUCUCCGGUCAAACAGCCAUACUUCAUGUCUCAUGGAUAUGGACAGCAGAUCGUUGCAGGAUAAUCGCCAUGUACCUUCGAUAUACUCGACUAUCACAUUUUUCACUUCCGAGCGACUCGCAUGAUUCUUCGACAUACCAAUACCAUCCGAUGCCUAGCGCACGUCACAAAAGUUCUUUGCAUUCAGUUUUCUCGAGCGUUUUCCAGCGCGCAUUACGUUCGGAGGUAGUUACGUCCGGCCCGUCUUCACACAAAAUGGUAAUACGCAUACGGACGCACCCAUCACGAUCUCGAGUCGCGUUGCACCCGUCACGGUGGCUGCCUCGAUCUUACGAUUUCCUUUACUUCAUCCCGGCGUUGCAUCAGCGAAUUUAGAAUUUCAUUUGUUUUUCAAAAUCGGAUGGCAUGAAGACUGGAGGGAAAACCAGUCAGGUGUUUGGGUGGGAUUGAGGGAGA